UAUAUAGCGCCUGGCACGUCCCCGAGCCCAUUCUCGGAAGGGCGCGUGUAGCGCGGCGGGAGGAGGGCCGGGAGGCGCGGCGGCGCGCACCGCGCUCGUCGGCAGGAGGAGGAGAGCGCGGGCGAGCGGACGAGCGCAGGCAGCCAGAGCCGGGCAGGCGCUUCGGAAGCGGCGCAGCGGGGCCGGGGGGCGCCUCCCUCCCUCCUUCCUUCUCCCCAGCGGGCAGCGCACCCCGGGCCCGCCCGCCGGCCGGCCGGCUCCCUCCCCCGCCGUCUAUGUCUUUUUCUGACUCCAGCGCAACCUUCCUGCUCAACGAGGGCUCCGCUGAUUCGUACACCAGCCGCCCAUCGCUGGACUCCGACGUGUCGCUCGAGGAGGAGCGCGAGGGGGUGAAGCGCCAAGUGGAGAACCAGGCUCAGCAGCAACUCGAGAAAGCCAAGAACAAGCCAGUCGCAUUUGCUGUUCGUACCAAUGUCAGCUACUGUGGGACGCUGGACGAGGAAUGUCCUGUGCGUGACUCUGCCAUCAACUUUGAAGCCAAAGACUUCUUGCACAUCAAAGAGAAGUACAGCAAUGACUGGUGGAUCGGGCGGCUAGUGAAGGAGGGGGGAGACAUCGCUUUCAUCCCCAGCCCGCAGCGGCUGGAGGCCAUUCGGCUGAAGCAGGAGCAGAAAGCCAGGCAGUCUGGUAAUCCCGCCAUCAGCAACAGGCGAUCGCCUCCCCCAUCACUAGCCAAACAGAAGCAAAAGCAGACAGAGCACAUCCCCCCGUAUGAUGUCGUGCCCUCCAUGAGGCCGGUGGUGCUGGUGGGACCAUCCCUGAAAGGAUAUGAGGUGACAGACAUGAUGCAGAAAGCUCUCUUUGACUUUCUCAAGCACAGAUUCGAUGGCAGAAUCUCCAUCACACGCGUCACAGCUGACUUGUCACUGGCCAAGCGCUCAGUGCUGAACAACCCAGGCAAGCGGGCCAUCAUUGAGCGAUCCACAACCCGGUCCAGUAUCGCUGAAGUCCAGAGCGAGAUCGAGCGAAUUUUUGAACUGGCCAAGUCGCUGCAGCUGGUUGUGUUGGAUGCUGACACCAUCAACCACCCAGCACAACUGGCCAAAACUUCGCUGGCCCCAAUCAUUGUCUACGUCAAGGUCUCUUCCCCAAAGGUGCUGCAGAGGCUUAUCAAGUCCAGAGGGAAGUCACAAGUGAAGCAUCUCAACGUGCAGAUGAUGGCAGCUGACAAGCUUGUGCAGUGUCCUCCAGAACUCUUUGAUGUGAUCCUGGACGAGAACCAGCUGGAGGAUGCUUGCGAACACCUGGCAGACUACCUGGAAGUAUACUGGCGGGCAACUCACCACCCUGCGCAUGCUGCCGGUGGCCAAAACCUCACCACACCUUCGACUGCCAUUCCAGGCCUGCAGAACCAGGCCUCGCUGGGCGAGCGCGGCAACGAACGCUCCCCGGUGGAGCACGACAGCCUGAUGCAGUCGGACGAGGCGAGCGACGCCUCCCGCAAGACCUGGACGGCGGCCUCUCAGCGCAGCUCCCGGCACCUGGAGGAAGAGUACUCGGAUGCCUACACCGACCUGUACCAGCCUCACCGCAACCACAACAGCGGCCUCCACAGCACCAACGGCCACGACUCCCAGGACCGCCUCCUGGAGCGCGAGACAGAGCACAACCACAACGAGAGGAACUGGCAGCGCAACCGGCCCUGGGCUAAGGACAGCUACUGAGGCCUCCUGGCCGGGGAAUCUCCCGACCCUCCCUAGGCCGGGAUGCCAGGGAAACGGGACAAGGCCUCCUUCUCCUCCCGAGUCACGUCAAUUGCCUGGUAUUAAGCCUUCCUCUCUUCCUCCUCUCCUAGCUCAGCCCCACAGUAUACAGGUCCUGCCCUGGUAUACAGGUGCUAUCCAUGGAACCCCAGACACAGCCGCAGCUGCCUGAUUCCUAUACCCUGGAUGGGUGGAAUCUCUUGCCCACCUUUGCUUUGGGUUAACGAGGGCCACAAUAACGUCCUUGCAGGGUAAAUUCCAUUGGUAGCUUCUCAUCCCAGGUCCAUUGUUUUUGGGGGGAGGGAUUUGAGAAGACACACAAAAGGAGGUGGGGGUGGAGAAGGGGCUGCGAUUCUUUUUCUGACUCCAGGUGAGCAGGGCUACUGUUAGGACAAAGGAGGCCUAGCAGGGAGCAACACCGGGAUCAGUUUUCCUGGUAAGGUGGAGUAGAUGGAUUACAAGCGGAAAGACAAGAUUGUGGGCUUGGGCGUCGUUCUCAUGCUUUGCUGUAGGCCAGUUCAGAAGUAAUACGACUGGGGUUGCUGAGGAACACGAAUGUCUGCUGUGGGAAUGGGUGUGAUCUGCAAGUGGAUUUUCAGAUUUGCAGUUGCAGUGGGUGAAGUCAUGACAUGUGAGCUUUGUGGCAUUGGCGACUGUUUGUGCAGGUGCCUUGAUGCAUCACACACAGCCAUAAGCAGCAGUUUUUUUGGGGGGGGGGCUAACUGUCCCCUGGGCUGAACCACUUCAAGUUGCAGGGGUAGAGGAAUUGCAUAGUUAAAACAUAUUGGAAAGGAAUCUCCCUCAAAUGGAAAAUUAGUGUGGAGAAGGCUAGACUAAGAUGCUGCUUCUUCAUGUUUAGUUUCUGUAUGCAGGGAGAUAUAUGUAUCCAACAAUGUGAUUCCCUUACCUGUAGCUUAAAGUAGCAGUCUAGAAACAGUUCUUCCAUCUUUUCCUCCCCUUCCAUUCACGGCAGUGGGAAAAUGUGGCAUAACCCAAGAGGUGAAUGAUGGGUUGUGAAAUGUCAGGCAGCAUCCACUCGCAGUCAUGGAGGCCACCCCACAGCGGGUUUUCCACCUGGAGGUCUUCUCCUGAUAAGUGGGGAGGCUUGUUUUUUCAGCAGCAUCACUCACAGGCAUGGCCAAGGAGAGGCCUACAUGGCCUUUGCCUGACAUUGCUCCUGUGAGCACCAUGAGAUUUGAUGCCACUAUGAGCAAAGUCGCGCUCAUAGAACUGCCGUAAGAACUGCCCCAAAUUCCUUCCUCUUCUCCUCUCCCAGUUUGGCUUCUGUGAAGUGGAAGCCCUCCUGAUUCCUAGGAGCCUGAGAGGUAAACUGCACAUUUUACACAAACAUGUGUAAUAAAGUCCUGAUGUAGUAGAAUCAUGCCUUGCACACGGGUUAAUUUCCAGGGGGUAGCACAUAAAGCCGAAAUUGUGUCUCGUCAAAACAGCCCCCUGGAAACGCCAUCACGCAAGCAAUUUUACCUUCAGGAGAUGGUGAGAGAUCUUGUGUGGGGCUGUCCAGGAUCUCACAAGACCUUCUCAGGCCCCAAUGAGAAAGUCUGAGAGCUUAAAAGCAUUUCCUGCCUUUUGUGCGUUUAAUUUGUAUGAUAUCAGCUGGCCAGCUGCCAGCUGCAUAAAGCUGCGAUCGCCCAAGUUAAAUGUGCGCAAGUUGCAAUCCUACUGCACUUCAGAUAUAUAUAUAUAUAUAAAGCAGAUUUGGGAGGGUAUGAUUUGGGAUAGGGCAGCGGCAGGUUUGCGCAAUCAUUUGCAAGUUGGCUGCACUAAAAAUGCUCUCCCAGCUGCUUUUCCAGUGAUGGGGGUUCCAGAUCCACAGGAGAUGGGUGGAGGGGGCAGGUGGAGGAAGCAUGUUUUUUUGGGGGGGGGGAGGGUGCAAUUUUGAGUAGGGAACAGGCAAUGGAGAAAAGAUGAAGCACUCCUUUUCACCCUUCUGUUGUUGGAAAAGUUGCAGCCUCCUGAGACCAGGGGAUAUAAUAUUCAACUUUUCCCCUGUAACGAACGAGCAAUGCAUCUCCUUAGAGCCACAGUCCAGGCGCCUGCUUGCAUUUGACCCCCUCUUCCCCUCACAGAGACUCUUCCGUCUCCUUUCAGUGCACAGCCACCCCUCCUCCGUCGAGGAGCUGGUGGGGUAAUAAUCAGUUGUAAAGCCACAAUGUGAUAAUUUUUUAUUCUUCAUCUUCAACCUCCCUGGAGUUCUCUGCUAUAAUUGCAUGAGGCCUUGAUUCUUCCAUAGUCUUUCUGGGAGGGGUGGGCGAGUACCAGCCAGCGUUGCUGCUUGGCAGUGAUGCCCACCUGCAUCACUCACAGAUUCUGUUUCGAGGAGGGAGGCAUAGGGCUAGAGCCAACCCCACCCACCAUUUCCUGCUUCCUAUCUCAUGCACAAGCCCCCUUCCUACCCCAGAGGCCCAGCUGACCUGCCUUCGGUUCUCCCGCUGCCCCUUGCUCCAGGCUCCUCAAGCACUUCACUGGGCAGUGGGUGUCAGCCCCCUGCCUUUAAAAACCACGUACACACCUAUCAGAAAUCAGCCUGUAAAUACUGCAUGCUACCAUCGGAGAGUUGUUUCGAGUGUGUGUCCUACGCCCUGGGCUGGCCGGAGGAACUGAGGCGGCUCCAGGGGCCGGGGAUAUCCGGGUUCUGUCCCUGCAAUUGCCGGUCAGUCGGCCAUGGCAAGAGCUUUGUUACUAUUCUUUUGUAGAGAGCACUUAUUUCCCUGACAACUUGUAAGCGGUUUGAAAUAACAAGCGUUUGCUGUUUAUAAAA